AUGAAGAAGAUGAAAGACUUCUUCUUUUAUAACGUAAUAAUAUUAAGUGUUGUUAAUGGAGAUAUUAAACUUAUUUUACCAGAAGACAGAGCAAAUGAAACAACGGAUUUCAACUCUAUCACUGAUUGUAUCAUAAAGAUAACUCAAACGGAACUAUAUUUUAGACCAACAGUAGCAAUACUAGAUCAAGGCAAUAAUGCAUCAGAAAAUAUCUUCGACAAUGAAUUAAUUGAAAAACUUACCAAAUACAACAUUCCACAAGUUAUCAUACAAGAUGUGUUCAGUGAAGAAAAUUAUGAUUUACAUUUAAUUGGCUUGACAGUCGCGUUUUUUGACAAAUGUGCUGAUAUCAAAAACUUUGACUUCAAAAGUAUCGAGAAAGAAAUGAGAUUUUUUAUAAUAAUAUCUGAUUCUGAUGAUUCCAGUAAUAGCUGUGUAGAUAAGCUCGAAGAAAUUGGUGAUCUUGUAAGUAAACAUGCUAUCACAUUUAUAAUACAAGAUUUUGUAACAGGACGAAAUAAAAUGUACACAAUAUUUCCUAAAAUUGAUGAGAAAACGUGUGAAGAAGUUGUUGAACAACCUUCGCAUAUAAACACGUGUUUUAAUGGGACCGUGGAAAAAGAAGAAAUAUUUCCAGUUAAAAAUCCUAACAAUUUAAACAGAUGCCCAUUUAGAAUUGGCAUGGCAACUCUGUUUCCUUUCUCACUAAUACCAAACAAAGAACAACUCAAAAAUUAUGACAACGUCACAGAAAUCAAGGGAUUUGAUUACGAAAUAUUGAAGAUUGUUGCUGAGUAUUUCAAUGCAACAUUAGAAACGCAUUACAUUUAUAGGAAAGAAGAGAAUCCUUAUAAAGAUUUGGAGUUCACUGAUUUCAUUAAGAACGGUAGUCUUGAUGUGUGUGCCGGCGGACUUUACAGGAUAUACAAAGAUGCGGUCGAAUAUUCUGGAAUAUACGUCCGUCAAGCAGUAUUUUGGGUCUACUAUGCAGAAAGAGCUGAAAGGUCUUGGCAAAAUUUAGUGAGCAAAUUAGAUGAUGUUUACUACUUCAUUAUCUUCUAUAUCACUUACUCAAUAAUUUGGUGCUUAGUAUCGUCAUUUGAUGGUCAGGCUGUAUCACUCAUCACUACACUGAUCCAUGGAUGGGGAGCUCUUGUUGGUGCUACUUCUUUGCAGGAACCAAGAACAAGAAAACAAAAAUUGCUCAAUUUAUUAUAUUUGAUCAUGUCUGUCUACUCCUCUGUUUAUGUAAGCAUACAGUUUUAUUCAUUCCUCACGGUUCGUGGUCCACCAGAAAUAUUUAAGACCAACGCAGAGGUUAUGGGAUCAGGGAGGACGGCGUAUUUGAAAAAUUCAUCGAAAUAUUUUAUUACUGACGAGAGGUACACGGAGUAUGCGAAGCGUUCAGCAGAUUGUGUGUCAUUUUAUAAUUGUGCUGAAAAAACUUUAAUGUACAAUGGCCUAACGCUUUUACUACAAGCUAAUUUUUAUAUCUUUCAAGCUACUUCAGCUGUGAACGGUGAAGCUAGAGUGCUGAGAGCAACAGAGAAUAUGCUGACAGUGUAUAAUGAAAUGCUAAUUAGAAAGGAUAGUCCUUUAGUGGAAAAAUUUCAAAAGGUCAUGAAGCGUCUGUUUGAGGCUGGGAUAACAGGAAGGCUGUUUACUGAAGCUAUUGGUAUAUCGGUGGUGGCUAAAGCUGAGAGUGCCAACUCCAUCAUGAUAGCUAGUAGUUACAGUUGCCAAGCUGGUUGCUCGAUCACUCUCAUGCAGUUCGCGGGAAUAUUCUACGCUUGGAUUUUUGGCUGUGUUAUCUCCUGCUUGGUGUUUGGCAUUGAAUUAUUUUUGAGACGGGCUAAAGUUAAAGAAUUGUAA